GCAUUUCGAGGUAACCUGCAAGAGGCCGUCAUGUCCUCCCUCGGGUUUCUCACUGCUGUCGAGCUUUCCGGGUAGGAUCAGAUGAUCAGGUAUGCCAGACAUGGAAGCUGAUGAUCGGGGAAAGAGCGAUGACUACUACCUGGAGCUGUCUCCCGAUCCCAUCAGGUUCGAGUCGGUCAGCUGCCUCACGAAUGUGUUUUUCGAUGACUCGAAGCAGCAAGUGUUCGCUGUCCGCUCGGGAGGCGUUACGGGGGUGCUCGUCAAGGGCCCGGAUCAGAGCUUGAACUUCCGGAUGGAGGAUCGAGGCCCCGUGAUAUCCAUCAAGUUCUCGCCCGACAUGAACGUGCUCGCGAUUCAGCGCACCAAUUCGUCGGUGGAAUUUGUCAACUACUCCUCCGUCUCCGGUUUGGAUCACGUCGAGUACUCGCAGCCGUGCAAAGGGAAGAACGCCACGAUACUGGGCUUUGUGUGGACGCACGGCACCGAGAUACUUAUAGUCACCGAUCACGGUGUAGAAAUGUUUCAGGUUAAUCCAGAGAAACGUAACGUCAAGGCACUGAAGUGCUUGAGCUUAGGUGUAAAUUGGUUCGUAUUCUGCCCCAAGAGUUACCUGGUGCUACUGUCAUCCGGCACUGUUGGCAAUCAAAUACAAGCGCUACACAUUACACCUGGCAAUAUUCACAAGUUGACUAAGUUUGAAAUCGAGCAUAGCGUGACGAAACCAGGGAAGCUGGCAGUUUCCGAACGGGACGUAGCAUUGGCCGUGUUGUACGGGACGCCUUGUAUAAUUUUGUUGCGGCAUCAACCAGGAGCCAACCGCUCAAUGGGAACGGCAUUUGUAUACGUCUAUACUGUGCACAAAAUGAUGACCAUUAAGAAGAGUCAUAUGCUAAAACUGGAUGUUGGUGGCAGAUUUGCUAUAAACGUUGUUGAUAAUCUCAUCAUUGUUCAUCACCAAGCGUCAAAGACAUCAAUGAUAUUUGACAUUAUGAUGUCGGGUGUGAGUGAUGGAACAGUGAUGCAUCAUACAAGCGUAACCACAGCAAAACCGAUUAAACCUUUCAAUCUGAAAGUACCAGGUGCAACCUUGUCCGAUCAGAUGUAUCAACCGUGCCAGUUAUAUUCCCCUAAUUGGGUCGUUUUUCAACCAAAUAUAAUAAUUGAUGUAAAACUGGGUUGUUUAUGGUACAUCGAGCUCAGAUUGGAAGUUUUGGUGAAAUUAAUCACGGAUAAAGUGCUUUUAGUAGAAUUUUUAAUGCAGCGGUCGAACGCUAAGCAGAUAUUAAUACAAGUCUUGCAGAGUUUUAUGACCCAGUUACCUGUAAGUUUAAUGGAGAUGCCGACCAUAUUCGAUAAACUUAACGUUGUAUACAGAAAUUAUUUAGAGAAUGAAAUACAAAACCAGAUGGGAACGCCUUUACAAAAUAAUGUUAAGAAUGUAACGACAGUGGCUGAAAAUUUUAAGUAUAAACUAUUGCUCGAUCAAAGCGACAUGUACAGUCACAUAUUGUCCAAAUUUCCCGAGAAUACAAUCGAACCAAAGAUGAUAAUAUGGGUGCUACUCGAAUAUAUCAGAUCAUUAGCCGAACACGGUAUACCGGUGCAACAUUACUUGCACGAAUUGGUCAUCACGACGUUGGUGCAUCGGAAGGCUUACUACCAGCUGCAUCAGUUGUUACAGUACCAUGUGGUCGCCGAUUCGAAGCCUUUAGCUUGCCUGCUGCUUUCCCUGGAGAACUUGUAUCCGGCGGCACACCAACUGGCAUUGGACAUGUUGAAACGGCUGGGGAACGCGCACGAGGAGAUAAUCGAAGUGCUUUUAUCGAAGGGAUAUAUUCUGGCUGCCCUACGAUACAUUCGGUCGGUCGGAAUGGCGGAUCAAGUGUCGGCAAGAAAAUUCUUAGAGGCGGCGAAAGCCACCGACGACGCGACGCUCUUUCACUCGGUCUUCAAAUUCUUCGAGCAGCGCAACUUGAGGCUGCACAACACCACGGCCUUCACGAAGGGGGAACACUGUCAGCCAUACGUACAGCAUUUCAAAUAUCUAUUUCAAGGAACGGACAAUGAGUGUAAUUCGGACACGAACUCGAACGUUACCACUAUUUCUUCGUAGGAUUUUAAUAUCGAUAUUCGUUUACGAAUAAUAGGUAAAAGAAUCUACUUUUUUUAUUUUUAUUUAACGAAGCUGAUAGAGAAUUUAUGUGCUUUAGCCGCUUCGUAACCUGUAAAUUCCUGUAAUGUUGUACAAAUAUAUAUUGUUAUGAGGAUUAUUUAUUAUGAGAAAGAGAGAAUAAAGAGAUUAAGAAGAAUUUGUAAGGUA